AUGCAGUCCCACAAUCAUCCAUGUGGCGGUGAGUUUUUUGAUAUUUCUGAUCUCAGCAAUGUGAUUAAUUUGGGUCUUAGCUUUUUCAUCAGGUCUGGUAGAUUUGUUGAUGCUUACAAGAAGGGACUUGAUGGAAAGCAGGCUGCAUGGGCAAUCAAAAAAUAUCGGGGACAUUGUGUUCUUCCCAAGUCCAUAAUGCGGGAGUUAGAGAGCAAUAUCACUGAGCUACAAUUCAUUAUAUCACAACUACGAGUCCAGUUGUGUAUCAUACUUAUCCAAAUCCUCUGA